UCUAGGUCUGCAGCAUCAACUUACUCAUCCCGUCUAGAGGCAUUGAGUGCCAUUGCGACUCUUGUUAUCAACCACUUUCUCUUGAUUGAAUUCUGAACUCAUUGCUUUCACGCCUUGACUGUUGCACGGCGUCGGACAGCCAGAGCCGUUACUGUCUUCUUUCGUUUACAUCUAUCUCAACACCGUCGAGCCGGAUUUCGCUCAUCGUCCAGCCCUCUCUAGUGUUGAAGAAAGGCCUUUACACUAACAGUACCUCUAACACCUUCAUCCUAUGUGCUGGUCAAUCUUCGCUCCAUCUUCAACGAACGUAUCACAUGACUGUUAGAACUCCACGGUCUAGAACUGAUAAUUUAUGGAGCCUCAAUCCGACAGCGCAGGCUCCAAGCCUCAAUCGAAUGAGGAUGUUGGGCGAAAAGGAUCCGUCAAGCGAGCGCGGGAGAUGCUUCAGGCUGGAAAACGCCCUGAGAGAGUUGAACCAGAACCUCCCUUCCGGGUCAAUCCAGCGCAUAUGACACAAUGGCCUCUGCCCGACAAUACUCCGCUGCCGUCGAACCUGGCUCACCCCCAAGCAACGUUGAGCGUUCUCAAAGGACCUCCGCCGGUGCGACCCCCUCGCCCUGACUGCCCGUCGCCUUCGGUUUAUUCAGAGAGAAGCAUGUCGGAUGUUCCCUCGGCCCCCAGCCCGCUGAAUAUCAAACGCCCAGUUCCCUCCUUCUCGCAACCCUUCCCACUACAACAAGGCCCGCGUCCUACCAUCAGGAUCCCCAUCCCUCGGCCGCCUAGCCCGGACAGUGUUGCCGGUUCAACACCCCGCAUUUCAGUUGCGACGGAUGAUCUUUUUCGACAGUCGGGAAUCUCCACGGUCUCAUCAAUCACUGAACUUCCUUCCGUUCCCCAGCCACUGCCCUUGCAGCAUCGUCCGGCCCCAGGAGGUGCUCCGAAAAAGGCCGCUAGCCUUGCGCCCCCAGUGCCGGUGGCGCGGCCGGGUGGAAACCGCGCCUCGUCCGUUUCGCCUAUCCCAGAGGAACUCCCGGACAGCCCGACGAUCUCGCAAGACCACUAUGGAACAGCUCAACCGUACCCACCCAGCUGGUACUCGGGGCAGGCCGAAUCAGAAAUUCUGGGAACAUAUCUAGACGGCGAAUCUGACGACGAUGAUUCAGUACAUACUGCUCACGCUGGAAUCGCUACGCUCCUCAGACAAGCCAGCAUUGGAACCAGAGGGAAGCCUUCCCUGCGCACUAUUCAGAAGUCCAAUGCUAGCUCGCCGGUGCCGCCCUCGGAGCGGACCCCUGUAUCCGCGAGACCAACGACAGCCGGAACCAUGCUACCUGAAGUCGCCCUGAAAGAAGUCUCUGUAGGAUCGGAUCGCAGGGAUUCUGUCUCGUCAACCUCGACAUCGUCCUCACAUUUCAACUUGGAGAAAGCGCCAAUCAUCUUGGAUAUCAGCACGCAACAUCCUGCUCUAGCUCGCCCAUACAAUGACAAUGAAGCCUUGCAGAAGGAGGUGGGAGCACUUCCCAAGGCUGCGCCAACGAUGAGUGACAAACGACCAGGUGGCCGUAGGCCUCCACGCCUCAAUAUGCUUGCUGUCCGUGAUGCAGAGGCUCGAGGGAGCCUUACGAGCUUGCCUGAUCUCAUCCUACGCGCGACCAAACUUGCGUCAAAUCUGGAACAUGGACGGACUGCAAGCAGGAACGACCUUUUGAAUGGCGGUGGAGGUUCAAGGUUUCCAUUCCAUGACGCCAAACGCAAGUCCGGAUCGAUCAAGAGCAUCUUGGCUUCAUUCCCACCCCCUGCUGCAACCCCGGAGGGAGGCCACUCUUCCUGGCCGUUCUUCCUCAGACGGUCCACGCUUCACCAGAUACAGUCCAACGAACCCCCUCAGGGAGACCAAGAGAAAGCCGCACCGAGACAACCCCGUCGGUGCUGCGGAUUGCCACCCUGGCUGUUUGGCCUCAUCUGCGUUCUGAUCAUCAUCAUCAUUCUUGCCGCAAUUCUCAUCCCAGUUUGCCUGCUUGUGCUUCGCCACAAGUCAAAUGGUACAGACUGCGCAACGAGCAACCCAUGUGAAAACGGCGGCGUCAGCGUCUCCAGCGGCAGUCUUUGCUCUUGCGUUUGCGCCAAUGGCUAUACCGGAUCGCGCUGUACCAUUUCUGGCGAUGCCAGCUGCGUCACCACCCAGGUCGAUAACAAGAACGCCACCAUGGGCAGCAACCUUCCCCGUCUAUUCGAGUAUUCCCAGCAAAACUACAGCAUUUCUUUGGACGCAGUCACCAUCAUGGCACUUUUCAGCCAAAGCAAUGUCUCCUGCACGACGGAAAACACGCUUGUUUCGUUCGCUGGCGUAGCAACAAGCAGCAGCAAAGCCCGCCGUGCUCUCUCUGCCUCGCCAUUGACUGAGCCUUUGAUUUCAGACUACCUACUAGCCAACCUUGAGCCUCCCAGUUCUACCUUGUCGAAAUUGACCCCCACACAAGUCCUUGCAGCCCGCGACUCUGUCGCUACAUCACACGGCAUCGUCUUCGACGACGACCCACCAACGACAGUCUCCGCGACUGCAACGGCUACCAACACCGGGCACGCAUCUCAAGCCACCGAAACUUCCACCUCCAACUCGACCACGACAGCGGUUGGUUCUUCAUCCUCUAACUCCACCGCCGUUACCACGGAAGUCCUCGACUUUGCCCGCGUCGCCGUUCUUUACAUCCUCGAAGAAACCGGCACGCUCGCCGCCGCCGAGUUCUCAGAAAGUAACAUCCAGUCCUACCUGACCGAGGAUUACACCGACGCCAAGACCCACAGCUUCACCAUCGACCUCACUCCAUCUGGUAUCCUAGGCAACUACACGUUGGACUUCGACGAUUACAAGAUCAAAUUACCCAGUGGCAGUGUUGUCGGUGGCGGCUAGCGUACCUGGAACAGCGGGAGCUGUU